AUGACCAAGGCUGAAUCUUCUGAAGGAUCAGUCUCGCUUGCACAAGAGCGUCCUGCACCCAAAAUAUUGCUGGAAGGAAAGCUGCUCAAGCUCAGUCGAAAGAAGGUUUGGCAGGAACGCCAUUUUGCCUUCACCAAUGAUCAUACGCUGACAUACUCACAUGGUACAACUGGACAUAAUGCAACUUUUCGAAUUACCAAAGAUGCGGGAUGCCGCAUCGGCGAGAUGUUUGUGGAGCAAAGGGGCAAAAAAGAACUUCUUUAUUGCUUCACCAUUACAUGGGAACGUGACGAGGUGUCAGAUUACUCCUUUCCGAUUGACGAAACUGCACCUGAUGACAUAUCUUACGUUCCUAGUUCACAACAAGACACUCCUCGAUCGGUUUACUCGAGUGGGAAUGCUACCGGUAGUCGAUCCGACAAACAUCAUCAGCAGCUUCAUUCAUCAGAUUCUUUUUCGAAUCCCAAGCGAAGAUUCUUUGGGAAAAAAAUGAAACCCCGAACUUCGCAAGAAGUUGGAUCCGAUUAUGGUAGUAUAUCCUCUACUGGAACGUCGGAAAAUGGUUUGGCAUUUAGCAGACCAAGCAAAGGGAGCGAGCCUCCAUCCCGUGUCCCUUCCUUUGUCAAAAUGGAUACACCAGAGAAAUUUCCAGAUUACAAACCUAUGCCCGAUGGAGAGGAGAGGAAUAGGAAUUCCCCAAAGCACGGCUCGCCACACCAGCAACGUCUCGAACAUAAAGACUCUUUCAACACCAAGGCUCGAGGUCAGAAGGCACACGAAGGUCGACAUUCAACGGAGCAAGGAAUUCUUGAAGAUGCCUUUUAUGACAAGGAAAAACGGAAGACGAAAGAGGUGCACAAGAGGAUGAUUGAAGGAACCAAAAUAGCUGCUGCAACGAGUGCUGCUGUGGGGUUUGGUGUCCUGACUGCUGGUGCAGGAAUGGCUGCUGGACUGGUAGUCUUGGGUGCUGCUGCAGCAGCUGGUGGGACGGCUGGUGCCGCCGAUUUUGGGAUUAGGAAGCUGAAGAAGCAAAAGGGUGUCUUGACGGUAGCAACUGCAAACUUUGAAACAGCCAAAGUUUGGAAAUCAUCUCUGGAUGCUUAUUUGGCGAGUGAUUCAAUACGAAUGAGUAGUACCUGGGCCCAAAAAUUCGUGGCUGAAGGGAGAAAAACCAUCGACACUGUGGUCCCGCAUGAUAUUGAUCUGAUGGCCAAGCACAAUGACUUGAUGAUGGCUCUACAGAACAAAGUUAGGGACGCCCCAGAAAACGUAUCUGAUAGGGAGCACAACCUCUUUCUUCGUUAUGGUGGGUUUUCAGGGGAUAGUGCGUUAUGGCAACCUGUUGAAGGCGGUUGGUCAUCCAUGUUUGGUCCUGGAGCUCAGAGCCUCCGAGUCUUUAAGGAGCAAAAGGUCGAGAUUCCUACAAAAUCCAAAAAGAUCUUCCGCCUCGCAGUUGGAGGAGCUACCACAAGCGUUCCUCUAAGAGCACGCGUCAUUCUCAACGUUCAUCCCCUAGACGCCUUUAUGUGUCUCAUGUCCAACGGUCGAUUAGACUCCAUGGAGAUCAAGGACAAUGGAUUCGUCCCGAAGUCAGGACACAGUGCAUCCUUCCGGGUGCUUGAACAGAUCGAUGAUCACACCGACAUUGUUCAUUUGUUCUUCCGAAAGCUUUAUCUCUUUCCCUCCUGGACGGAACCUAGAGACUACGUUCUCUUCCGUUACUGGCGAUACGAGCCAGACGGUUCCUACUCUGUUUGCUAUGAAUCAGUCGAACACCCUGAUUGUCCACCGCAGCCAGGCUUUGUUCGAGGAAUCAUGCAUCAAGUAUCAACCUUGGCUCCUACUAAAAAGCCUCUCGGGUUACGGAGGGGUCAAGUGGGAGCUGGGCCAGAAUGUAUGCUUACAAACGUAGUGCAAGUCGAUCCAAGAGGAUGGGUUCCUACCAAGGCAAUACCGUUCUUAUCAAAUCAGACGUUUGUCGAUGCAUUUGGCAUCUCUGCACUGCUUCAAAUGUUGGACAUUCGAGACGCCGUCGAGAAUGACCGGUUUAUCGAUGUCUCCCCAGAUCUCAACAUCCCUAGGUAUGGUUCCAAGCUGGAAGGAGACGACGGUAAAAUGGUUCAUGCUAUUUCCAGCAACGAGAAAAUAAGCUACGACAUGCGUUUUGCCGACAGAGAACGAGUGGAUGCUUCGGCCCGUUUCUCAUUGCGAACACUGUGUGGUUUUGAAAACUACCCUCCUGCAUUGAGUGUUGAGAAAUGGGCAGAACCGGACGCUAAUUCUUUUGUGGUGCGCGGGCCUACCUACUUGAAGGACAGGAAGAAAGUCAAUGCUGGUGCUAGCAUCGGACGAUUGGUAGCUGUUGAUCUUGUAAACGUUGAGCAGCCAAUUCUUUCUGGAAUGGCGACUCAUCCAAAGGAGCGCAUUCAACGAGCACUCAAGAAAGAAAAGGAACUUCUGAGUGCUGGCAAAGAGAGCGAUAUGCCGCCGUUUGUCUUUUUGGUCAAUAUCGUCCUUCCUGGGCCACCGUUUUAUCAUGCUGUAUUUUACUAUGCUGUGGAUGACAUGAGUACUAUUGAUGGAACCGAUGGUACCGGGUCUUCCAAACUUUGCAAAGAGUUCCUAUUCGGUGAUUCGGAUCAAUUUCGGCAUAAGACGUUCAAGCUUAUCCCACAGAUUGUGGAAGGUAAUUUUAUGGUUCGUAAAGCAGUUGGAAGUACGCCAGCAAUUAUGGGAACGAAGCUAGCACAAUACUACUCCCGGUCAGAGAGAUUCGUGGAAGUCAUUUUGGAUUGUGGAUCGAGUCAAGUCGCUACGGGGGUUAUUCGUUUGAGCCUUGGCUAUGCCAAGAGUCUGAUGGUGGACAUGGGAUUCUUGCUGGAAGCUGAUGAAGAACAGUAUCUUCCUGAAAGAAUAUUUGGUUGUGCGCGAAUGAAGUAUCCCGAAUUCGGACCUGAGUUUGUUCGAAAAUUGGGCCUGUGA